AAAGUCUACUUACAAAGUCGUACGUCGAGUGUCAAAAUCUAACAAUUGUAAUGAAUUUAUUCGAUUGUAUCGAUAAUCAGAUACGCCUCACCGAAUUACGAAUCUAGCGUACCUAUAGUCAGUUUUUUUUUUAUUCGGUCUACCGUGCACGUCAGUUGUUCCAGCUUGGUAUUGUGCAUUCGGUUUCGUUUAUUACAUUAUAUACAUUAUAAAAAUAUUUUUCGGUAUUCGUAUAACUUACUAUUCGAGUUUGUAAUAUGGAAGAUAAGGAAGAUAUUUUCGAAGUCGUUAUAUCCGGCGUGGGUGGCAAAUUUCCUAUGUCGGAAAACAUGGAUGAACUGAGAAUAAAUUUGAACAAUAAAGUGAAUAUGGUAACCGAAAAUGAUUGUAGAUGGAAUAAAGAUGAAUGGCCAGGAGUACCAGCUGCCACGGGAAAAAUAAGUGUAUUUCAAAAAUUGGAUGACACUUUUAUGGGAAUGAAUUCACGAAUCGUAAAAGCAUUGGAUCCUUUGACAAGAUGUUUAUUGGAAAGAGUUUACGAAGCAAUAAUUGAUGCAGGACUGAAUCCGAAACAUCUCUACGGAUCAAAAACUUCUGUGUACACGGCUUCAUGUGUUAGUGAUAGUGAAGCGAUUGGAUGCGAUGAGAAAUUAACAACGCCAUUUUGGCUCCUUGCACAUGUUAGAGCUCUUUUAGCAAAUAGAGUUUCAAACAUAUUUAACUUACAAGGACCAAGUUAUACAAUUGAUUCAUCCUGGAUUGGUGGUAUAGAAAUUUUAAAACAAGCGGCUGAUGAUGUAGCCAAAGGCAGGACUAAAGCUGCAUUUGUUGGCGUAACUAAUAUUAUUUGGCAUCCAGAUAUGGCAAAACAUUGGAUUGGAUUAGAUAAACUAAGUUCCGAUGGAAUUUGCAAAUCAUUUGACGAAAAUGCUAAUGGAUACGGUCGAAGUGAAGGUGUUGUUGUACUUCUUCUACAAAGGUCUACUGAUGCAUUACGUUCUUAUGGUACUGUUCUCCAUUGCGAUGCUAGUAUUUGCAUGGAAAAAGCAAUCAACUUUAUACGACCAUCUGAAGAAUCAUUUCGAGAAUUUUUCAAAUCAUUCUAUGAACACUGUAAAGUUUCACCAACAAAUAUUUCUUAUUUAGAAUCUGAUGGAUCUGCUUGCAAAUAUUAUGAAGAAAAAGAACUUAAUGUAUCAUCUGAAAUUUUCUGUGAAAAUCAAAGAAUCUCUCCCUUACUAAUUGGAUCAAUCAAAAGUAACUUAGGACAUACUGAGGGUGCAUCAAGUUUGAUAGCAAUUGUAAAAGCAUUAAUAGCGUUAGAUUCUGGUAUUAUUCCACCUAAUAUUAACUAUGAAUCGCCAAAUAAUAAAAUUGAAGCUUUGAAGAAAGAAAAAAUGAAGGUGGUCACGGAACCUACAAAGUUAGAAGGGACUAUUGUUGCCACAACAACUUUGGGAAUGCCAUCAUCUAUUGGUCAUGUUUUACUAAAACAAAAUCCAAAAACUAAGUUAUAUCCUCGACUAGGACCUAGUCAAAGAUUAGUUAUAUUAUCAUCAAGAACAGAAAAAGGUCUUUCUGAAGCAAUAGAUAGAAUUAAAUCUUUACCUAGAGAUGACGAAUAUUUAGGACUUAUUCAAAAUGCUUUUAGUGAAAAUAUAACUGGCCAUUUUCACAGAGGUUAUACAAUACUUAACUCAGAAGCUUCACCGACAUUUGGCAUAAAAGAAAUAGAUGAAUUCAAUCGUCCAGUAUGGUUUGUUUUUGCUGGUAUGGGAUCACAGUGGCCUGGAAUGGCAUCAGAUCUUAUGGAAAUACCAUGUUUUGCUGAUAGUAUUCGACGGUGUGAUAAAUACAUCCGACCUAUUGGUUACGAUAUUUUUGACAUUUUAACAAAUCCAGAUCCAAAAGUCCUCGAAGAAAAACCAAUUAUUGCAUUCUUAGCAAUAGCUACUAUGCACAUUGCAUUUAUAGAUCUAUUAGCAAAACUUGGUAUUCAUCCCGAUUUUAUGUUUGGGCAUUCUUUGGGUGAAAAUGGAUGUGCUUACGCUGACGGGUGUUUCAAUACAUAUGAAGCUUUAAUGGGAGCGUAUUCUAGAGGCAAAGUAGCAGAAUUUUUAGAGCCAGAAAAAGGCCUUAUGGCAGCGGUAGGCUUAAAUUAUAAAAAUAUACCAGAUCUGCCUUCUAGUAUUGACAUAGGAUGUCACAAUUCUGAGGAUAACGUUACUUUGUCUGGUCCAUUAGAUGAUAUGGAAAAAUACUUAGAAACUCUGAAAAAACGUAAUGUUUUUGUUAGAACUGUAAAUUCAAAUGGUAUUGCAUAUCAUUCAAGAUUGGUUAAACGACAAGCUGAAUUUGUUGAAAAAUUUAUUGAAAAAGCAGUACCAAAUCCAAAGAAACGAUCUUCUAAAUGGAUAUCAACUUCAGUACCUGAAAAAAACUGGAAUAGUGAAUUAGCACAGUGGAGCUCUGGAAAAUAUCAUGCAAAUAAUUUUAAGAGCACAGUUUAUUUUUCCGAAGCAAUACAAAAAAUACCUAAAAAUGUUAUAGUAAUAGAAAUAGCUCCGCAUGGACUAUUUCAAGGAAUAUUGAAAUCAUCCUUAGAUAGUUCAUGCACAGUUGUCUCUGUAGCGAAACGAGGAAGUAAAAGUCCACUAAAACAUUUUCUAUCAACACUUGGUGAACUCUAUUCUAGUGGUCUUCACUUUAAUUUGGAUAUGAUUUACCCUCCGCCAGAGUAUCCUGUUUCAAGAGGAACUCCGAGCUUAGCUCCUCUUGUAUCAUGGAAUCAUGAAGAAACUUGGCCAGUUAACCAGUACUAUAGCAAUUCAAAUACAAACUAUACACAACUUUGUCUACGGGAUAAAACAUCAAGACAUCUCUUAGGACAUAAAAUCAAUAAUACAGUUGUGGUGCCUUUAUCAUUUUUCAUCACAGAAGUGUUGAAAUCACUAAACAAUAAACAAUCAGCAAUCUUAAAUAAAUCAUACCAAAUAAUAUUUGAAAACGUUUUUGUUCAUACACCACUAAUUUCUACUGCAGAAGAGUCCAGUGGUUUCUAUACGCAAAUUCAACCAGGUUCUGGUUCUUUUGAAAUAACUGUAUCUCAACAGGUAUUAUUAUCUGGAUUGGUGUACAUGGAUGAUAGUAAUCAUCUUAUUAGCUCAGAACCACCAACAGAUUAUGAAAUUAAUAUUGAAAAUGAAUGGAUAUCGGAUAAUGAAAUAUAUAGAGUAUUUUACGAAAAUAAUAUUAAUAUUUCAACUCCUUAUUGUACCAUUCAAAAAAUUCUUAUUCACGAUAAAGGUUUCCUAGCAAAUGUAAUUUGGAAAAAUGAUCUUAACGUCAAUCUUAACACAAUGAUGCAAUUAAAAAUGUUUGCUGAUCUUCAAUCACAUUAUGAUUUACCUUUGCUUCCAUCUUGGUUUAGAAGUUUAGUUAUCGACAGAGAAAUAAUCAAAAAUAUUAACAACGGAUCUUUGGUUUAUAUUACAUUUGAUACUCGAACUAAUGUUAUUAGAGGUCCCGGAAUAGAAAUUGAAACUUUAAAGACUUCCACAUUUCCAACAAUUGAACCAAUGCCCACAAAUUUGAAUAUUCAAAAAGUUCAGCUUAUCGAACAACCUAAUCCCAAACUUCAAAAUUUUAUUCAGUUUUUGAGCGUUUGUAUGCAACUAGUCAAAAAUACGGCCCAUUUACAGUCAUCUAGGUUAAAAACAAAAUUAAAAAUUAAUGAUGCUAUAUUUAUGGAAUCGUUUAAAAGACUUUUUGAAAUACAGCCAUUUUUAAAGGCAGAUGUUGAAGAAUAUUCAAAUUUUCAAGUAACAGAUUUAGAAUCAAAUCAUGUACUACUUUUGGUAACUGAAAAUUUAAACGAGGAAUUAAAUAAAGAUAUAAAAAAAUGCACAGGAAAAGUAUUUGUUUUGAUAAAGAAUUUAACGGUUGAUGAUACAUAUACCACAAUUGUUCAAUAUGAGCAUAAUGGUUCUAUUUAUCGUUUAAUAACACGACUAGUAAAAUUACCAAACAAAAUUUUAGAGGUUAGCACUAAAAAUAGUUCAUGGACAAAUAACAUAGAACAAGGACUUAAGUCGUUAUCUAGUAAAGUUUCACCAAUAGUAUUGAUUAAAACUGAUUCAGAAAAUUCUUUGCAAGUGGUGCAAAAAAUUGAAAGUAUCAAAUCUGCGAUUGGCUUUAGAUAUGUCGUACUUUAUGAUGGAGAACAAUUGUUUGAUUUAACCAAAACAUUCUUUAGGGAACAACUGUUUAAAGGGUUAAGGCAAAAUAUAUUAAAAAAUAAUAGCUGGGGAAGUUAUAAUAUACUACCUUGUAUAGACAACCCCUCUACAGAUUUAAAUGCAAAUAAGUUGCAAAAAUAUGUUGACCCGGAAAGCGAAUUAUCCAUCAAGUAUAUAGGAUCCUUUAAAACAAAUAUAAUGGAUGAUGAAGUAUGUACUCAAUACUCGGGUAUAGACAAUAAAGGAAAAAAUGUAAUGGGCAUUUUAAAAUACAAAACUAAAAAUAAACGAUACGAAAUUGAUAAUAUUUUGAAAUGGUAUGUAAAUCCUGAAAUGACCUUGGAAGAAUCAGUAAAAUGUCCAUUACCUUACUCAAUGGCUUACUAUUGUAUGGUAAGCAAAGCGCGUGUCAAAUUUGGAGAUUCAAUUCUUAUACAUAAUGGGUGUUCACCAGAUAGUCAAGCAUUUAUAAGAGUUGCCUUGGGAUUUAAUUGUAAGAUCUACGUAACUACAUAUAAUAAUGAUCAAUCUGACUUUAUAAAAAGUUUAUUUCCAAAGUUGAGUAGCGGCAACAUACUAGAUCUCAAUAAUAGCAAGUUUGAAAUACAACUAAGGUGUUUAACAGAGGGCAAAGGAUGCGACAUCGUUAUCAAUGCUAUACCAACCGAAUUCCUGUGGGCUUCUCUUCGAUGUAUAAAACCGUUUGGCUCAUUUAUACAUAUAGGUUCACAAGAUGUGAGUGUUCAGACAGAAAUUGGUAUGUAUAUGUUUUUAAAAAAUAUUUCACUAUACGGUGUACAAGGCUUAUCAAGCAUAGUAAAUUCUUCUGCCGAAACCAAAAACCAUCUCAAGCAGCUUGUUGAAAAUGGUAUUAAGGAUAAAAUAGUCAGUAGAUUGUAUGAAGAAAUACCGAAAACUAAUACAACAUCUACUAACAAUUUGUAUAAUACAGAAAAAAUAACUGAAACAAAUAAUUCAGAUCAUAGUUUUGUUAAAAAAGAAAUGGCAUACGUAAUUAUUGGUUCAGCGACGAAUUUGUGGAUUAAAACCGUUAACUGGCUUCUACAGCAAGACGUAAAAAAAUUGAUAUUCAUCAUAAAUGGUACCAAUUCAGUAAUGAGAAGAAGUCAAAGAACUAUAUAUUCACUAAUUCAAAAAUACUCCGAUGUUUCGUUUAUUAUGACUUCGGCUGAAAGGUUUAAUACUAUAAAAGAAGGGGAAACAUUGUUACGUGAAUUCACAUCGUAUUCAAAAAUUGAGGCAUUAUUUUGUGUAGAAAUGAAUGACACAAAAUUAAAAAACAUUGACAAAGCUUGUAGAAAUAUUUUACCAGACUUAAAACAUUUCAUUUGCAUGCAAAGUGAUGCAAAUGAAGUCUGUGAGUCAAGAAACGAUGCACACUCUAAUUGCAUUAACGUACAAUGCGACAAAUCUGUUCGAAAACCAGAAACCAUGUUAAAGUACAUGAAUAAAUUGACAGAGUCUAUAGUUGAUUCUAAACCCGUUUCAGUUGUUUUGAGUGAUCCGUUAAUAUCUGAACAUGAAAAAAUUGAUUCAAUCUCAGAAUAUUUACCUAAAACUAUCGACGAAUUACUUGACCUUAAUAUAGAUUUACCGGAAUAUCCACGAUUUGAACAAUGCACAUCCAAAAGUCUUCCGAUUACUGGCAAUAAUAGUUUAUUACCAGUGUUCAUUAUUCCUGGAUUGGGAGUUUCUCGAAUACAACCUUUAAUCAAUCAAAUUAUGCAUCCAGUCUUUUGUGCUAAAUUUCCAUCGUACAUUAACUCUGUCGAAAAUGCAGCGCUAGGUUUACUAUGGCCUUUAAGACAAAUUCAAUCAGAAGGACCGUACACAAUCGUUGGCGAAAUAUGGGGCGGAAAUAUUGCUGUCGAACUUGCCAAGAUAAUGGAAGGAUUUGGUGAAACCGUCAAUCUCUUAUUACUGGAUGGCUGUCCGUCUGACAAUAAAAAACGCUUACAACUUGUAGAUAAUGUCGAUUUUGAACAAUUGAUUGGAAAUUCAGAGGAAAAAGAAAAAAUAAAUAGUUCGAUAGAUGUGCUUAUGAACCAAUUAAAUGCAUUAAAAGAUUACAUUCCUAAUAAUACUCAACUGGAAGCCAAUACGAUCAUCGCUAGAUCUUCUACUUCGGAUAUUUUAGACUCCUGUAUUAAUUUUGAAAAAAACCAUUGUGGCAAACUAACAGUACAUAUUUCUAAGAAGUCGACAUAUACUGAAUUUAUCAAUAGUUUGGAAGCUGCUGCUAUUAUAAAUGAAAAUGCAUCAUUUAAGUGGUAGUUCAAUAAAAUACUUUGUGACAUAUUGUGUUAUAAAAUUAAUAUAGAAAAUCAUUUAUUAUUUUACACAUCUUAAAAUGUUAUAAAAUUGGAAAAAAUUAAUUCAAUUAAAAUCCUAAUAUUAUGUA